UAUUAUUAGGUCAAAUACACAGUGUGCAGGGGCCAGCGGUGACAGUGUUGUGCAAGUCGGUAUGCGGUUGCGUCAUACGCCUGCGACACGUCCACCUUUAAGCGAAUUUCAAUGACAGUUUGUACACUUUGUACGUUUCUUUGAUUAGACGGUGUAGUGAAACCGUAACGCGACUACCAUGCACAGAGCCGCACGCACAGCUUUACACGACUGGUCGGAUCCUGUCGGCUUGACAAUGAUCCGCCGGUGUUUAAAAUGCAGAGUUCCCCUGCAGCUGAGCUCACGUGCUUACGGUAUAGUCCCGCCUCCACGCGACAGCGAGGAGAAGGACAUGUUGGACCAAAUUCUGCGCGUGGACCACGCAGGUGAAUACGGGGCCAACCGCAUCUACGCCGGUCAGAUGGCGGUGUUGGGACGAUCUAGUACCGGACCUCUCAUCCAGGAAAUGUGGGAUCAAGAAAAGAAGCACGUAGCGAAGUUCAAUGAGAUUCUGGCUGAGAACCGAGUUCGCCCCACAGCGCUGUUACCGCUCUGGAAUAUUGCUGGCUUUGCAUUAGGUGCGUCCAGCGCACUACUGGGGAAAGAGGGCGCCAUGGCCUGCACUGUGGCGGUGGAGGAGAGUAUAUCCGAGCACUACAACAGCCAGAUAAGAGCUCUGAUGGAGAAGGACCCCGAGAGAUACACGGAACUCUUACAAGUUAUAAAGGAAUUCAGAGAUGAUGAGAUGGAGCAUCACGAUACAGGACUGGAGCAUGAUGCUGAAUCAGUUCCCGGAUACUGGCUGCUAAAAACUGCAAUACAGCUUGGCUGCAAAGCUGCAAUACUUGUUUCUCAGCGUGUCUAACGUUAUAUAUUUGCUCUGCUGUUUGUUUGAUUUAUUGACGCAGUUUGUAUAAAAUUAUUUGAAUUUGAAUUUGAAUCCCGCUCCAUUGUAAAUGAAACACUUUGUCACAUUAUUUAAAGUAUUGUACACAAACAUUCAUAGUUGCCUACAUGAAGCAAAGUUGUACUUCUCUGUACAGUGUAUAGUACACCGACUGUUUAAGGCGGAGGAGGUGACUCUUCCUGAAUUAAACAGCAGAUCUCUGCCCUGUUGUG